UUGUCAUUACUGUUGUUUAAAACGGAUAUCUUUAUAAACACACACACACACACACACACAUAUAUAUAUAUAUAUAUAAAUAUAUGUGUAAUAAACAUCUACAUACAUGCAUUAAAAUCAACAACAUCAGCACCAUCAAUAUCAACAUCAACAUUGAUUCCUCAUGGAAGACGAAACCGUCUUCAGUAACAACAUCACCGCUCUUUUAUAUUUCAUGGAUGGAUUAAGGUGGACUAGCCAAAUGAAAAUGGAGAAACUUAAGCGAAGCUUAAGCUUCCGCAAGAAAAAAGAUCAUGUCCCUGAGUGUUCUAAACCUCAUCAAUGGCUUGAGGACGAACGUAAAGUUCGGGAAGGGACAUGUAGUUUUCAAGUGAAGUAUUUGGGCUGUAUAGAAGUUUAUGAAUCGCGAGGUAUGCAGGUCUGUGAGGAAGCAGUAAAAUCUUUGAAAUAUCAAUGUAAAGGCAAAUAUCAACGGGCAAUAUUAUACGUAUCAGGGGAUGCUCUUCGAGUUGUAGAUGAAAUAAGCAAGAGCAUGAUUGUUGACCAAACUAUAGAGAAAGUUUCUUUUUGCGCUCCUGAUCGAAAUCACGAUAAAGGUUUUGCUUACAUCUGCCGAGAUGGUACGACGAGAUCUCUCGAUCCUAUUAGCUCUGGUUAA